AUGCCGACGAGGAAGCCGAUGGCGACGGCGAAGACGAGUAUUGAGAUAGCACAGCUGGGAGGAAGAAGAGACCCGAAGGACCGAUGUACAUCUUCACAGAGUCUCCAAGUUGGUGAAAGCGCCAUUGAACGCGGCAAGUUUCUGGCUCCAAGUCUUGUGUGUCAGAACCCAAUCAUACUGAUUCUCUUCUAAUUCUAUUUACUUCUCAUGCCACUAUUCCACUCCUACUUUGCACUCCUUCUUUAGCCUAUUACCCUCUACGCCGGAUCCCAGCGCCUGAUCGAGACUCGGUUGACACGUUGGCUUGGGUUGAAGUCGCGCGCCUCGCGGGCACUCGUCUCUCUUCCUUCUUCAUCCAUCUUCCAUCCUCGAUCUUGCGCUCGUACUCAACCCCUUGAGUCGGGAUCCAGUCCUCCAUACUUCUCACAUUGUGCGCCCGGGUCUCGGUCUGGUGAUGCUCGGCGUUUUGCUCUCGUGGCUCAUCUUCUCCGGGUCGACAUGGCGCCCGUCGGGAACAAGUGGAAACGAGCGAUGUUGACUCGGCUCUCUCGGGGAAGGGUGAAGAUGACGAGCAAUGUACCCAAGCCGCUCAGGGCCCAGCCGACCCAGCAGAUGAGGCGCCAUUUGCCCGUGCCGCGGGCGAUCAGACAGGCGAUGUUGAUACCAACACUGACACCGAUCGAGAGGAAGACCUGGUAG